AUGCAUCUCAAACUGAGCCUCUCUCUCCUCACUGCCACCGCCUGGCUUGCCUCGGCAGGACCCAUCUCUCCGCGACGGUUCGACAGCGGCAAAUGCAACAGCGCUGACCUGGGUUGCAACGUCUUGACGAGCUCGGGGUCCCUCAACACCCCCAUCGAGACGGUCCCAAUCAACAUAGCCACCAUUGACGGGCACGACUACUACAUCACCGGCUCCGAGGCCGAACGCAUGCAGAUCAUGACCGACCUGCUAGAUCUGCCCGCUGAGGAAUUUGCGGCGAAAUGGGCCAGCAAGUACCGCGGGCCAACCACCGAUGACAUCUAG